AUGAGCCGGCGGCGGCGGCGGCGGCGGCGGCGGCGGCAGCCGGGUGAAGACGCGUGCCGCGCCGGCGGUGGCAGACAAGUAGAGCCGUGUCGAGAACUGGCCGAAGCGGGCCGACGCGGCACGAAGUCAAAUUUAGCAUGGUGUGUGUACAGAGAGGGGGAGCGUGACAGUUGGCUGCUGGGAUGUGCGGCGCGCAGGCGAGGCGGCGCGGGCGCGGGGCCUGCUCUCUCGACAGCGAGCCGCCUAGGCCCCGACGACAACAUGCUCGACAUCUUCCGCGGCCUCAAGAGCUUCGUCAAGAUCAGCCACAUCCACAUCGACUCGCCCGUCUUCCGCCUGCACUACAGCAUCACCGUCAUGAUCUUGGUCGCCUUCAGCCUCAUCGUGACCACGCGCCAGUACGUCGGCAACCCCAUCGACUGCAUACACACCAAGGACAUUCCCGAAGACGUACUCAACACCUUCUGCUGGAUACACUCCACGUACACGAUUAAGUCCGCUUUCCACAAGAAGGUCGGCGUCGACGUCCCUCACAAGGGCAUUGACAACUCGAGAGGCAGCCAGGAAGACAGAAAGAGCUACAUGUACUAUCAGUGGGUGUGCUUUUGCCUCUUCUUCCAGGCUAUUCUGUUCUACACGCCGCGUUGGCUGUGGAAGAACUGGGAAGGAGGGAAGAUCCACGCCCUUAUAAUGGACCUGGACGUGGGUAUCUGUUCUGAGGUGGAAAAGAAGCAGAAAAAGAAACUGCUUCUAGACUACCUGUGGGACAACCUGCGCUAUCACAACUGGUGGGCCUACCGCUACUAUCUGUGCGAGCUGCUGUCCCUCGUUAACGUCGUUGGGCAAAUGUUCCUGAUGAACCGGUUUUUCGACGGCGCAUUCCUAACGUUCGGCAUCGACGUACUGACAUUUAUGGAAAGUGACCAAGAGGACCGUUGGGACCCGAUGAUCUACAUCUUCCCUCGGAUGACCAAGUGCACGUUCCACAAAUACGGAGUGUCGGGUGAGAUAGAGAAGCUGGAUGCGGUGUGCAUCUUGCCGCUGAACGUGGUGAACGAGAAGAUUUACGUCUUCCUGUGGUUCUGGUUCCUGCUGCUGGCGUUCCUGACGACGCUGAGCCUGCUGUUCCGCGUGCUCAUCAUCAUGAGUCCCCGCAUCCGCGUCUACCUGCUGCGCUUCCGCUUCCGCAUGGUGCGCCGCGACGCCGUCGACGCCAUCGUGGUGCGGUCGCGCAUGGGCGACUGGUUUCUGCUCUACAUGCUCGGCCAGAACGUCGACUGCCUCAUCUUCCGGGACGUCAUGCACGAGCUCGCCGACCGUCUCAAGCGCAGUCCGGUCAUGCUGCCCGACGCGUAGCAUGGCGCAGCCAACGGACUGGCGCUCUGCAUCUCCAGCCAAGCGGGAGCCUGCGCCACGGAUGCGGUGAAACGUGGAGAGAGUUCUGCGUGGAAGAUCUUGACGUCACCUGCGAGACCAGAAGCGGAACCAUUCAACAUUCUGUGCAGCCCCGUAAAGCACAUAGUGAAUAUGUUGUUCAAUAUGUCGUUGAUAUUUCGACAAAAUCCUGUGGACUAUAGGAAUCUUGAACUCAGUGCUCGUACGUACAUUGUCCUUUACAGACGAAAAAUCUAUUGUUUCGUUGUCUUCGAACACUCAACGCAAUAAACUCGUAAUAUUUUAGUGAAAGACAAAGUGAGAGUUUGCUAGUGGAGCAUAUCCAUAAGUUUUUAUUUGUCAUAAACAUUGUGCAGCUACAGUAUCUGAAAUGAAAUCUCUUAGAUAAUAGUUUUGUAAUACGCACGUUUAUUGAAAAAUAACAUUAUUUUAUUAUCUGAAUUAUGUUCCUUAAGAUGUGCUGGUAAACCUAAGUCAAACACAAACAAAUAUUGUUCAACUGAUAGCCUAAAGCAAGUUCCAACGUCACACCGUUGUCGCUGUCUUAGCG